AUGCAUAGUCGAAAAGCAGCGGGCUCUCUGCCACGUGGCCGGGGGGCGGGGAAGAAGACAGAGUUGACGGAGGAGCAGAGGCAAGAAAUCAAGGAAGCGUUUGACUUGUUUGACACAGAUGGCUCGGGAUGCAUCGACGCAAAGGAGCUCAAAGUGGCGAUGCGAGCUCUGGGCUUCGAACCCAAGAAGGAAGAGAUUCGCAAGAUGAUCGCGGACGUCGAUAAAGACGGCACAGGGAGCGUAGAUUUCCAGGAGUUUCUCAGCCUGAUGACUGUCAAGAUGGCAGAGCGCGAUCCGCGCGAGGAGAUUCUCAAGGCGUUUCGGCUCUUUGAUGAUGACGAGACAGGGAAAAUCUCGUUCAAGAAUUUGAAACGCGUCUCAAAAGAGCUCGGCGAGAAUUUGACGGAUGAAGAACUUCAGGAAAUGAUUGACGAGGCCGACCGCGACGGCGAUGGUGAAAUCAAUGAAGAGGAAUUUAUUCGUAUCAUGAGAAAAACAAAUCUUUUCUAG